ACUUCCGGAUGUCAAUAUGCGGCUCGGUGCGGCGCUGGGAAACGGAACCACUGGGAAGAUGUAAGCCGAGCACCCAGCGGAAGACAAGCCUCAACGAAGACGCUCAACCGUAUCCGCCGGGGGGGGCGGGGGCGGGGAGAGGAGGAGCCGAGAACCCGUACCUUUUAACGUCCGACACACGUGAAACCCCCCCCACCCCUUCCCUCCCUCCCUCCCCCAAACCCCUCCACCUACCCGAACACCGGCAGCUCGCGGGAGCCGCCGCUCUGCCCCUGGAGCAUCGGAGCGCCGUGGCCUCAGAAGCAGCCAUCUUUUCGCGCGGAGCCAUGUACGGGACGACGCGGCGGGCCUGCCGCUCGGGCCGCUUCCUGAUGCUGACCGCCGCCGCGGCGCUGCUGUCGGUCGCCCGGCUGCUCUCCGCUCUGCCCGCCGUCACGGAGCUGAAGGAGUGCGACAAGCCCUGCGUGAACGGGCGGUGCAACGCCGCCACCGGCAACUGUGUGUGCUUCGCCGGCUGGGUCGGGGACCAGUGCCAGCACUGCGGAGGAAGGUUCAGGUUGACGGGACUCUCUGGUCACCUGACCGACGGCGCUGGAAACUACAAGUUCAAAACCAAGUGCACCUGGCUGAUCGAGGGACAGCCAAACACAAUCCUCCGACCGUUCAACCACUUUGCCACCGAGUGCAGCUGGGACCACCUGUACGUGUACGACGGAGACUCCAUCUACGCCCCGCUGCUCGCCGCCUUCAGGCCCUUGGUGUCUCGGGAGUCUGUAUUUCAGAACCCCUUGUAUCUCACUCGCCUCUCACGCCCCACCCCCUCCCCCUCCCUUCAGGUGAACACAUGUCCCAACAACUGCUCGGGCCGCGGCGAGUGCCGCGUGAGCAACGCCACCGGCUCGGUGCGCUGCGAGUGCGACGACAACUGGAAGGGCGCCGCCUGCGACGUCCCCUACUGCGCCGCCGACUGCGGCUACCCGGAGCGAGGCCGCUGCCAGGGCAAGGCCUGCGUCUGCAGGGACGGGUGGCAAGGUCCGGACUGCCUCGUCUCAGUGCCGGCCAACUCGUCCUUCUGGACCCGGGAGGAGCACGCCGAGGCCGGGCUGGCCAGGGCUUCCCACAAGGCCGUGGUGGACCAGGGCCUCAUGUGGGUCAUCGGGGGCUACGUCUUCAACUCCUCCGAUUAUCACAUGGUCAAAGCGUAUAACAUCAGCAGCAAGAGCUGGCUGACCCUUGACCCCUCCGUCCACACCAUCACGCCGCGGUACGGCCACUCGCUGGCUCUCCACGAGGGCAAGAUCUACAUGUACGGAGGAAAGAUGGACUCCACGGGAAACGUGUCCAGCCAGCUGUGGGUUUUCCACAUCCAGAACCAGACCUGGGUCCUCCUGAGCCCCCGGGCCAAGGAGCAGUACGCCGUGGUGGGACACUCUGCCCACAUCGUGCCCCCCCUCCGGGACGGGGACAGCCCCGUCAUGCUGGUGGUGUUCGGACACUGUCCUCUGUACGGUUACAUCAGCCAGGUGCAGGAGUACAACAUCGCCGCCAACACCUGGAGCGUGGUGCCCACGGACGGGGCCCUGGUUCAGGGCGGCUACGGCCACAGCAGCGUCUUCGACCCGGGCACCAGAGGCAUCUACAUCAACGGGGGCUACAAGGCCUUCAACGCCAACAAGUACGGCCUCGCCGGGGACCUGUACAAGUUCCACGUGGACAGGAGGAAGUGGACCAUCCUGAGGGACAGCGGCUUCUUCCGCUACCUGCACACCGCGGUGAUGGUGAGCGGCGCCAUGCUGGUGUUCGGAGGGAACACGCACAACGACACGUCCUCGAGCCACGGCGCCAAGUGCUUCUCCUCCGACUUCCUGGCCUACAGUCUGGCGUGUGACGAGUGGACGACGCUGCCUCGCCCGGACCUUUUCCACGACCUCAACCGCUUCGGACACUCGGCGGUCGUCAGUGACAGCGUGAUGUACGUGUUCGGCGGCUUCAACAGCCUGCUGCUCAGCGACGUCCUGGCCUACACCUCGCCCAGCUGCGCCGCCUUCUCCGGCCCGGAGGCCUGCGGCCGGGCCUGGCCGGGGAUCCACUGCGUGUGGAACGACACCGAGGGGAGCUGCCUGCCCUGGGCGGGGGGCGCUGACGGAGGGGGGGAGCAGCCGGCCUCCUGCAGCACCCGAUCGUAUGCCGACGAGAGGUGCGACCAGUACACGGACUGCUACAGCUGCACCGCCAACACCAACGGCUGCCAGUGGUGCUCCAGCCAGUGUUUGUCUCAGGGGAGCAACUGCACUUCCUCCACGGGCGCCAUAGGGGAGUAUGACGUAUGCCCCAAGGACAACCCCAUGUACGUGUGCAACAAGAAAACCAGCUGCAAGAGCUGCGCCGUGGACCAGAACUGCCAGUGGGACACCCGCAACCCGGAGUGCAUCUCGCUGCCAGAAAACGUGUGCGGGGAAAGCUGGCACCUGGUGGGGAACUCGUGCCUGAAGGUCAUCACGGCGAAGGACUCCUACGACAACGCCAAGCUGGCCUGCAGGAGCCACAACGCCGUCCUGGCCUCGCUGACCACGCAGAAGAAGGUGGACUUUGUCCUGAAGGAGCUGCAGAUAAUGAGCGUGGUGUACAAGGCCACGUUGACGCCGUGGGUGGGGCUCAGGAAAAUCAACGUGUCGUACUGGUGCUGGGAGGACAUGUCGCCCUUCACCAACACCUCCCUGCAGUGGCUCCCCCGGGAGCCCAGCGACAAAGGCUUCUGCGGCUACCUGGCGGAGCCGGCCUCCAGCGGGCUGAAGGCGCAGACCUGCAUCGACCCGGUGAACGGCAGCCUGUGCGAGCGGCCAGCCAACCACAGCGCCAAGCAGUGCCGGACGCCGUGCGCCACCAGGGCCACCUGCAGCGAGUGCACCGGCAGCAGCUCGGAGUGCAUGUGGUGCAGCAACAUGAAGCAGUGCGUCGACUCCAACGCCUACGUGUCCUCCUUCCCCUUCGGACAGUGCAUGGAGUGGUACACGCUGAACAGCUGUCCCCCGGAGAACUGCUCCGGCUACCGGACCUGUGGCCACUGCCUGGACCAGCCGGGCUGCGGGUGGUGCACCGACCCGGGCAACACGGGCAGGGGCCAGUGCAUCGAGGGCUCGUACCGCGGGCCCUUCCAGACCGCCGUGCCGGCCCCCUCCACCCUGCCCGGCCUGCCCGCCGCCCCGCAGCCCGCCCUCAACGCCAGCAUGUGCCCCGGCGAGGCCAGAUACAACUGGUCCUUCAUCCACUGCCCAGCCUGCCAGUGCAACGGCCACAGCCAGUGCGUCAACCAGAGCGUGUGCGAGAAGUGCGAGGACCUGACCACCGGCCGCAGCUGCGAGAGCUGCAUCUCCGGCUUCUACGGAGACCCGACCAACGGGGGCAGCUGCCAGCCCUGCAAGUGCAACAGCCACGCCAGCAUGUGCAACCCCAACAACGGGAAGUGCUUCUGCACCACCAAGGGCAUCAAAGGAGACCGCUGCCACCUGUGCGAAGUCGAGAAUCGUUACCAAGGCAACCCCCUCAAAGGAACAUGCUACUACACGCUCCUCAUCGACUACCAGUUCACCUUCAGCCUGUCGCAGGAGGACGACCGCCACUACACCGCCAUCAACUUCGUGGCCACGCCCGAGGAGCCCAACCGGGAUCUGGACAUGUUCAUCAACGCCUCGAAGAACUUCAACCUGAACAUCACCUGGUCCACGAGCUUCACCGCAGGCACCCAGGCCGGGGAGGAGGUCCCCAUCGUCUCCCGCAGCAACAUCAAGGAGUUCAAAGACAGCUUCUCCAACGAGAACUUUGACUUCCGCAACAGCCCGAACAUCACCUUCUUCGUCUACGUCAGCAACUUCACGUGGCCCAUCAAGAUCCAGAUCGCCUUCUCGCAGCACAGUAACUUCAUGGAUCUGGUGCAGUUCUUUGUCACGUUCUUCAGCUGCUUCCUGUCCCUCCUCCUCGUGGCCGCCGUGGUCUGGAAGAUCAAACAAAGCUGCUGGGCGUCACGGCGACGAGAGCAACUGCUGAGGGAGAUGCAACAGAUGGCCAGCCGGCCUUUCGCCACCAUCAACGUCGCCUUGGAGACGGACGACGAGCCGCCCGACCUGAUAGGAGGAAACGUCAAGGUGAGCACGCCCCUCUUGUUCUUACCCCCCAAAACCGCAAAAAACAUCGGUUUCCUUUUGCCUUUCGUCUGGUUUCCCCAACGGGAAGCUCCACCCACCACCAGGAAGCUCCACCCACCUACAAGAAACCUCUCUUCAUACAGAGGUCAAACAUCUCCUGCCCUGAUGAUUGACAGCAGGAGGUGUUGCUUAUUGGGGGUAGUCCACCUGACGAGUCGUCAUGCAGUGAAUCCAUUUGGUCCUGUAGAUUAAGACGCUGUACUUAGAAAUGAGAGCGGAGAGUUUUGUGCCAACAUGGAGAUGAUCUCUGGCUGGAAGUCAACGUUCGACGCCCACGAAGCGUCUGCUGGCAUGAACACAGAAAACAUUCGGGGACACUUUUUAAAAGUCGUGAUUCACCUCACAAAUGGAGCGGCGUGGACGCGAGGAGGAGACACCGCCCCUCUGAAGUGGUCCAUCAUAUCUCCUCACUGGCGCCGAACCUUUACCUGAGGCCUCGCUGUGAUCAAACCAGUGAAUGCAAUGGGAAUGGCACAGUGGAGGAAAAAGCUUCCCGCCAUCGGAGGGAGCCGAGCGGCCCCCCUAAUCACCCGCCAUCAUCUGGAUAAGAAGAGACGCCUUUUUUGUCCCGGCACUUAACGGAGAUGAAGUGUAAACGCCAUGCGCCGCAGUGACUCUCCUCCACGGGAGCAAAGUCCAUAAAACAUAGAGCAUUUUUUGUCGAAGGUGUGAGCUCUGCCAACAAAGCUCCUUUCACUUCUGCUGUAUCGCAGUGUGUGUGUGUGUGUGUGUGUGUGUGUGUGUCAUUUGGAAAAUAAAGCCUUUAAUCCAGUGCACUUUGUUGCCUGUAUGUAUCAGGUGCACUGAGGGCUUCUGCUGAGUCGCCCUCCUUUUAAAUUAAUCUCCCCGGAUGUAGCUCGGCGCUUCAAAGAGGUUCCUCCUCGCCGACACUUGAACGCCACCCGGCUGAUCAGAUAGUGAUCACAUGGCUUUUUCUUGAGGCAAUGUAUCGCUCCUCACUCUUCCCCCCCCCCCCCUCCCCCCUUCGUCC